AAUCUUUCAAGUAACUUUCGGGAAAUGAGCUGCUGAACUCGACCAAUCUGUUCUUUCUGGUCAAUGAAAGAGACGUAGGGUUUGAGGUUCCUUGCAAAAGGGACUGGCUAAUUUAGCCCCUCCCACAAGACCAAGGGUCUGUUACAUCUCUGUUCCUUGAGUACCUCUCUCACUGAGACGAACUACAGCAAGCAGAGACUGAAAACAAAACAAAAUCCCCAAAACGAGGAAAAAGGAAGAAAACAGAAGCUGCUACUUAUGGAAGAUACAAAGGGUUCAGAAGUGAAGGAAUUUUGCUCCAAAAAUAUCUUGGUCAUCCUUGGCUUCUCCUGUGUCAUAGCUGUGAUAGCUUUGAUUGCUGUGGGACUGACCCAAAACAAACCUUUGCCAGAAAAUGUUAAGUAUGGGAUUGUGCUGGAUGCAGGCUCUUCUCACACAAGUUUAUAUAUUUAUAAGUGGCCAGCAGAAAAGGAGAAUGACACAGGGGUGGUGCAACAGAUAGAAGAAUGCAAGGUAAAAGGUCCUGGAAUCUCAAAAUAUGUUCAGAAAAUAAAUGACUUGAACAUUUACUUGUCUGAAUGCAUGGAAAGAGCCUUGGAAAUGGUUCCAAGGUCCCAGCACCAAGAAACACCUGUUUACCUGGGAGCCACUGCAGGCAUGCGAUUGCUCAGGAUGGAAAGUGAGCAGUCAGCAGAUAGGGUCCUGGAUGUGGUGACAAGGAGCCUCAGCAGCUACCCCUUUGACUUCCAGGGUGCCAGGAUCAUCACUGGCCAAGAGGAAGGUGCCUAUGGCUGGAUUACUAUCAACUAUCUGCUGGGCAAAUUUAUAAAGGCACAGAAUUGGUUCAACCUAGCAUAUUAUGAAAGCCAUCAUGAGAAAACUUUUGGAGCUUUGGACCUUGGGGGAGCCUCUACACAAAUCACUUUUGUGCCCACACAGCAUUCUGAGUCCGAAGAGGGCUCUCUAUACUUUCGCCUGUACGGCAAAAACUACCAGGUAUACACACAUAGCUUCUUGUGCUAUGGGAAGGAUCAAGCACUCUGGCAGAAACUGGCCAAGGACAUUCAGAUUGCAAAUAAUGGAAUUCUCAGGGAUCCAUGCUUCCACCCUGGAUAUGAGAAGACAGUGAAUAUAAGUGACCUUUACAAGACACCCUGUACCAAGAAAUUUAAGAGGACUCUUCCAUUUGAGCAGUUUGAAAUCCAGGGUACUGGAGACUAUCAACGAUGCCAACAAAGCAUUGUAGAACUCUUCAACACCAGUUACUGCCCUUAUUCCUCCUGUGCUUUCAAUGGGAUUUUCUUGCCACACAUCGAAGGGGAUUUUGGGGCAUUUUCAGCUUUUUACUUUGUGAUGAAUUUUUUUAACUUGACAUCGAAAGUCUCUCAGGAAAAGGUGAUUGAGGUGGUGAGAAAUUUCUGCUCUAGGCCUUGGAAAGAGGUAAAGACAUCAUUUGUUGGAAUACAGGAGAAGUACCUGAGUGAAUACUGCUUUUCUGGUACUUACAUCCUCUCCCUCCUCCUGCAAGGCUAUCAUUUCACAGCCAAUUCCUGGGAUAAUACUCAUUUCAUUGGCAAGAUCGAGGGCAGCAAUGCUGGCUGGACUUUGGGCUACAUGCUGAACCUGACCAACAUGAUCCCAGCUGAGAAGCCAAUAUCCAAACCUCUCCCCCACGGCACCUAUGUCUUCCUCAUGGUCUUCUUCUCCCUGAUCCUUGUUGCAGUGUUUUCCAUAGGCAUGUUUAUUUUUCAUAAGCCUUCAUUUUUCUGCAAAGAAGGAGUAUAACAAGAGCAGCUGGAAUCUGCUGGCUGGAGUGAAGAAAAAAAAAAUUACUUGCCCAGGGAGCACUUUCCUCUACAGUGCUAUACAAAGUCAUCCUUCCCUGCUCACCAGUAGUGUACAAAGUCAUCCUUGCUGGCUCACCAGGGCCAGUGUUGACCAACAUGAAGCUUAGUUUUUUCUAAAGCCUUUCUCUGGGAGGUAUUUACCUCCCUCUGCUGAAAGGACUUCUGGUAGACACUGUCUCUUUUGUGACUAUUUCUCGGCUGCCCCUUUCUUCUUUGUACUCUAUGCUUGUGCCCUUCUUAAAAACCUGUCACUUUUCAUGAUCUUUGCUUUAUAAAAGAACAAUAUUGACUUUGUCUAGGAAAACUGAGAGUCCUGAGUCCUGUGCUGGGAAGCUGAGCUGGUUAAAAGAUGAAUCUCAGGAAUGGGUUCAAUUGUACUCUUUAAGAAAAUCAAUCUCUCUCUCUCUCUCUCAUCCUCCUGCUUCCCAUUCAUUAAUAAAGCCAUACAAUGCCUUUGGAAAUGGCAGGCACACAUUCCAUUCCCAGGCUUCCCAUUGGGUAGGAAAAUUGUCUAGAGUAGGCAAAUAUGUGCUAAGGCCAAAGAGUUUUACAAGGGCAUCUACUCAUGACGUUAAUAUAAUUCAUAAUCCUUUCCAAGACAGGGAUGUGAAUGAGUCACAUAUUCCUGGAUGAUGCCAAAAUGCUAUAGAGUGGAAUACUCAGAACCAAGAUUUUUAAAAAGCAGAUGUACAUAUACACAUUCAAAUAUCAAGGCUUACUAUAUGGUAGAUGUAUAUACAUGUCAGGAAGAAAAAUAGUUACAACUCAGGGUCAGGAAAAUACAUCCUCCAAUGCAUCUUCUGAGGUUUUAUUUCUAUUAUGGUAAAAUAUAAAUAAAAUUUAACAUUCAAUUAAUUACAGAUCAGUGACAUUUAGUACAUUUACAAUGUUGUGCAACCAUCACCACUAUUUAGUUCCAGAACAUUUUUAUCAUCAAGAAAUUAUCUGGAGAUAAGACCAUCCUGGGUAGGCACAAACCUUUCAGUUAACAGCUGUGCUAACCAGCUGCACUGCCAAGAUGGCUCACUGAAUUUUAAAGCUAUGAUACAUCUUGUUGUCCCAGGUUUAAUUUAGUGAGAAGGCAGCAUUAUUAUGGAUUGGCAUGUUUUUGUUCUUUCGUUGUGUUUAAACAUCAAGAUAUGCCAGCAACCAUGUCAGGAAGUACUUUUGCCAUCCUUGUCAGUAUUGGAUUUAUUUACUUAUGCCAUGGAAUAUUUUGUGGGAGAAAUACUUACUAUGAACCUUACCCCAGAAAGAGGAAGAUAUCCCAUAUUCCUUUCCCUUAAGGGUUGCUGCAAGAGUUACCUAUACAGCAGGAUUAAAUGGUGAUGUUUUCUUCUUACCUUGUCCCAAGCUUUCCAUCUCUGGAUAUGGACACAGAUUGUUGAAUUAAUGAGAAAGAAAAUCCCUCCCACAAACUAGAAGCCAAAUGUCCCUGUAUCUCUUGAACAAACAAGUCAUUGUUGACAACGGCCAGGUGACUAAAUAUUAAAAAUGCUGUGGACAAGAACUUCCUUGAUUAGAAAUCAGAAGCCAAAUCAGAAACCGGUUGCUUAUAUUCUUGUAGCUUUUAUUGGUGCAUUUAUAGUGUAAAAUUAUUUAAUAGUGACCCAUUGUUUUUCACCUACCACACCCAGAAUGGCCCAGAGCAGAUUCCUGGAUCUGCCUCAAAACCAACCCUCUCUCCCAACAGAAUUGAGAUUAGGUUGUGCCUACUACCUCCCUCCAUAAGUGGAGAUUUUACCAAGUGGAGUUUGGCUCCAGAUACCUUAAAGGUAAAAUAUACACAAAUAUAUAUUACUAUUCCCCUUCACUCUCUCUCUCACUCACUUCCCAUUCAUUAAUAAAGCCAUACAAUGCCUUUGGAAAGGGCAGACACACAUUCCAUUCCCAGCUAUCCAUUGGGUAGGAAAAUUUUCUAGAGCUAAGGCCAAAAGAGUUUUGAGCUCUGUGCUCAAGGGCAUUGUAUUCAUUUUUUCUUUUAAUCCUCACAGCAAUAUGAAGAAGGCAGCUAUUACCACUUCUAUUUUAUAGAAACAGAAACUGGGGCUCAGAGAAGUUAAGUCACUUGCCUAUAUGGCUGAGCAAAAGUAUGGCAUGCAUUUAUCCAUUAUUUUCUUUCCUGAUUAUACUAGGCUGUCUCUUCAUAAUCUCUAAGCAUGUACCUAAAACUUGACAUGAAUACAGAGUUCAUGGGAUGUGGUAGAAAGGGAAGCAGACAGAUGGGCUUGUAAUUUAAUAUGUAGGUCACUGUGAAAGUAUUUUUUUCUUUUUAUAGUUUUCUAAAAUAUCAGGCAUUUUUCUUUCUGUAUUUUUUUUAUUUUUCAACUAAUGUAUUUAUUUUUUAUUUUUAUUAAAUCAUAACUGUGUAUAUUGAUGCAUUUAUUGGGUUCAGUAUGUUGAUUUGAUAUACAAGGUGAAAUGCUUACAUUGAACUAAUUAACACAUCCAUCAUAAUUAUAAUCUUUCUUUAAUAGUUUUGAAAUGUACCAAUGCAUCAUGUGCAUUAGGUGCGAUCCCCCCAAAUACCCUCUCUCCUUCCAUCUCCUCCUUCCCCUCUUUCUCUGCUUCCCUUCUACUUUCUGGACUAUAGCUAUGUUUUAUCAUUUGUAUGAAUGUGUAGGUGGUUAUAUAUUGAUAUCAUAGUAGUAUCAAGUAUAUUGGAUACUUUUUUCCAUUCUUGAGAUACUUUACUAAGAAGAAUAUGUUCCAGCCCCAUCUAGGUAAACAUAAAAGAUGUGAAGUCUCCAUUUUUUAUGGAUGCAUAGUAUUCCAUGGUGUACAUAUACCACAAUUUGUUAAUCCAUUCAUGGGUUGAUGGGCAACGAAUUGGGCUACAAUAAACAUUCUGGUGCAAAUGUC